AUGUCUACUCUUGGAACGUUAUCCGGUCGUCCUAUUUCUUCCUCGGGCCGGGAGCAGUUUGAACGGUACAAUCGAAUGGAUAUCCUAGGCGAAGGAACAUACGGUGUUGUAUAUCGUGCAGUUGACAAGGUUACUGGCCAAAUUGUCGCUUUGAAGAAGGUGAGGUUGGAUCGUACGGAAGAGGGGAUUCCACAGACAGCCCUACGAGAGGUUUCGAUUCUACAAGAAAUCCAUCAUCCUAACAUUGUUAACUUGCUGGAUGUUAUAUGCGCCGAUGGGAAACUAUAUUUGAUCUUUGAGUACGUUGACCACGAUCUGAAAAAGGCACUUGAAAAAAGAGGUGGCGUUUUUACGGGUCCUACACUGAAGAGACUUAUCUAUCAGCUUCUUGACGGACUGUAUUUUUGUCACCGACACCGAAUUGUACACCGUGACCUAAAACCUGCAAAUAUUCUUGUCACCGCCGAUAAUGUCCUUAAGCUUGCGGAUUUUGGUUUAGCCCGUGCCUUUCAAAUUCCAAUGCACACAUAUACUCAUGAAGUCGUUACGCUUUGGUAUCGGGCACCAGAGAUUCUACUGGGUGAAAAGCAUUAUACACCAGCCGUUGACAUGUGGAGUGUUGGAUGCAUAUUCGCAGAGUUGGCUCGAGGUAAGGUGAUUUUUCGUGGAGACAGUGAAAUUGGUCAGCUUUUCGAAAUAUUUCAGGUCCUCGGUACACCGAUGGAUGUUGAAGGGUCGUGGCCUGGUGUUUCUGCCCUUCCAGAUUACCGAGAUGUUUUUCCUCGGUGGCCAGGAAAACCACUUGGACAAAUCGUACCACAACUCGACAGUGAGGCGAUUGAUCUUCUCUCCCAAAUGCUCAACUAUAACCCUGCGGAGCGAAUAUCUGCCAAAGAAGCCCUGCAACAUCCGUGGUUCAAUGAAAUUAGAGUGUAG